ACACAGCCACAAAAUGUCCCGUGGGUUUAAUGUAACAUUGACAAAAUACAAAAAAGAUUAACACCUCAAAAUGAACUAAAACGUUCUCUUACUUAAAAUAUUAUACUAAUCCAUUGAAUAUUAUUAUUUGCCCUAUUACCAUUAUUAGUCAUAUUUUCAUUAUUGUUAUUAAAGCACUUGAUACAUAUCCACUCCCUUUGCUUCUGAUUUGACAAAUACGCCUCGUGAACGCGCACGUCAUGAGGUCACGCGCAGCACGCAGGUGCGCAUCGGCCGCAUCUCACGGCGGCGCUUUUCAAAUUGUUUGAUUUAGCGUCUACAUUGUGCGCUAUUCAUCACGCCAAAGUUAUCAACGCAGCCCGCCGCGUCCCAAAUGUACAAAGCUGAACAGGGAUGAACGAAGCGAGCCGCAAUGGAAGAGGGACUGAGCAACUUCAAAGCUCUGAGGGCCAAGUUUCAGGAGGAGGCUCUCCUCGCUCGAUCCAAAGCCAGUCGGCCAGCUGUUUCAGAGAAACCCAAGCGCUUUUCUCCUCCUGGAGGUCACUGCUGCUCCGUGGUCAGCGGUAUUAACGUCGCUCUAGAAAACCACCCGCCGGUGGUUCCCCGGGUCAUCUUCAGAGACGAUCUGCGGGCUUCCGGAGGCAGGCGACCAAUUUCCUUUCCCCCGCGACCUCAGCAGACCUCCCCGCCUUCUCCCCCGGGUAAUGGAGACGCCACAACGAGGCAGUCCCUCAGGGACCGACACAUGCCUCUAGUUCUCCCUGUCCUGCCUGUAAAAGAGCGAAAGACUGAGCUGCCAGCCCAAAAGGAGCACAAAGGGGAACCGGAGCCCUGGCGAGAAGUCCCGCCGCAAACGAAAAUCAAGAAGAAGCCUCUGCUGCUUCCUUUCAAGUCAGCCAAAGUGUCAAAGGUCAGCGCACAGAAUGGAGAGGGGCCUACGUAUGCUGAUUUGACCACCAGGCCCUGCAGCGCUCCCGGUGAGUUCCCCUCGGUGGAAAGGCAAACCGCAGAAGGCGGCGUUUUGCUCCGCGGCGAGCAAUCUCCCGAGUUCCCCGUCGCCGACAUCCCGAUCACCCCUCCUCCCGCGGAGACGAGCGGCGAUUCCAACAACAAAUUCGUGAGCACCCUGGAGAGGGCCAAGAAGAGGUUUUCCAGCAGGCAGGUGCCAACCGCCGCCAAACCUAAGAACUGGCGUUGUCCUGACUUCGCCCCGAGAGACGGGGGCCUUCAUUCGCUGCCAGGUGGCGUCGGGGAACCCGAGCUUCCCGUACCCUCGCCGCUCCACUGUCUGUCGGCCCGGCCUUUCUCCAAAGUAAACCCCUCUGCACACAGGUCUGCGUGGGAUAAGCAGUUUGCCAGGGAUAAAUCUCAUCCCCCUGUCAGGGCCGGUAAACCUCGUUCACCCUCGGCUCCUCGAGAGAGGCCGCUACCUGACUGGAGGUCACUGGGGCCGCAGCCGCCUAAGCCCCCCAGGCCUCCGUCGGUAGACGUCACCUGUUACCUCCGACACACACUUCGCGUGUCACCAGGUCUUCGAGCACCAAACGAGGAGCCAAAAGCCGUGCCCCCGUCCGUGUCCCACUAUGUUCUAGACGCUCCAGAGUUUCCAGACUUUGAGAACUCGCAGAUGGAAACGACCCAGAGCGAGGCUUUUGACAUUGCUUCACUAGAACUGGAGGCCUUUGACUUAGUCAGCACCGACCUUCCUGUACCAGAGGACCGCCGGCUCAUCUGUUUCAAGGAAGCCGACUCACCGGUGUGUGAUCCUCCGGAGCCCCAUUUCACCACCGGCAUCCGAGACCUGAACCUUGGCAGUCAACGCAUACUGCCCCUCGAUCCAGCCAGCUUCCCUGAACCAAUAAACUUCUCAGCUUUCCCACAGCUUGCCGCGUCAGAGCGAUGGGCUCAAAGGGAGGAGGUGAUCGUAGAUCCUCUUUCUAGCACUCAAGCUGAUGAGUCAGAUGCGGGAGAUGCUGAGUCCCACUCUGCUACGCAGGAAACCGACAGUGGGAGCCACACAGGGUUGAAUGACGUGAUUCAAUCGCACGCGAGUGUAUCGCGACAGGACAGUUACAACGACGCGUGGAAUAACGUGUAUGAGGAUGUUGACAAUGUCAACAAAUUGUUCUCGGGCCAGAACUCGCGUAAGCUAAAGGGCAGUCUGAAGAAUCCGUAUGCGCACAACCACCCUACGAAGGAGGAGGCGUGUCUUCACAUAUGGCCGCGGAAUCCGUGGGGCACCGUGUCCGGAGAACACGCUCAGCUGGUACAUAACUAUGUCCACAGUCAAGGCCGCCAGAGCCCCAACAAUGCUGACCUUAAAGAACAGCGGAAGAGGGAAAAGCAGCGACUGGAGAAGGACAAAAAAGUCCAAAAAGAAAGGGAGAAGAAGGAAAAUGAAAUGAAAAAGAAGUUCAAAGUGACCGGCGAAGAGGAGGCCAUGUACCACGCCAAGGUGAUCGCGGCGAGCAAGGUCCGCAAGCACGACCUGCCGGUGCAGAGCGGGGACACCGUCAGCAUCAUUCGCACCACCAGCUGCCCCAAAGGCCGAUGGCUGGCCCGGGACGCCAACCACAAGUAUGGUUAUAUCUCCGUGAUGAACGUGGAACUGAACAUCAAGGAGAUGCUGGAGCUCGGCAAGAAGGCCCAAGCAGCCGGACGAGGGGGCAACCCGGAGGGAGACACCAUCAGCAUUGGGAGCAGAUCCUCGGCCCAGCCGGUGCUAACGAGCAGCUUCACAGAUGACAGUGAAGAGUGGGCCUGUGAAGAUGAGACCCUCUCCCCCUCCAGUGAAAGCCAUAGCUAUCCCCAUCAGACGGCCUCACUGCCCGAGAUGUCAUGUGGCCAUGUCAGCGCCCCGCAAACUCUCAGCGACGCCAACCUGGAAGACCUACACACUCAAACCAGACACGAGGCGCUGCAGAAACUCGCCAUCUUCUUUCAGCACAGUAGAGAGGAGUCAGAUGACAUCCCCGCGACCCCUGCAAAUGCCAAAAAAUCAGACUUCUUGUGUGGCGUUGAGGAGCCUCCGUUGCCUGAACAGAAGGUUGACUUCCCAGAGGUGGAACUCCUUCCUCCCCCGCCGCUGUACGCAGACGCCUUCUGAUCGGCCAUGCAAGGAACCCUGAAGAACAUCUGCCACCGAGAGCAGAAUGCCACGCCGCUGGAAAGGAUCCUGCACGGUGCAGAAUGGAAACGAUUGUGAAAUGAAGCAGCUGAUGUGACCACUAUAAUUAUUUCAAAGUUUCCCCGUUUAGGUUGUUGUCCAUAUUUCACCUUAUAUUCUACACCGUUGCUGUUAAAGGAGCACGCUAAAUCAUUGCACUUGGGUCAAAGAGCCAUGUCAUAAAGUAGCCACUAGUCACUUGUGAAGCUUACGAUUUAAGGAUUUGUUUGUGAAUUUGUUUUUUUGGAUUUGGGGUUUUCUUUUGUUAAUGUGUUGCAUUUAAUAAAUAUUUGUUUUUGAUUGUUUUGUUUUGGGGUGACAUCGUUUGUCCGUUCCCGACCAGGGACAAUCACGUCUUCCACCGCUGCACCUUUUCGUUAAUCUGAUCGGCACUUCACUCUCACCAUGAUGCUCAAAGCGGCUCACUGCUCCGUCUCCAUUUUGUUGCGCGACAUUUUUUUUUAUUACAAUUUAAGUGUUUUCCUUAAGACUUAGCACUUAAGUCUUUUACCAAUGUAAAAAAUAAAAUAGUUCUAAACAAA